AUGGAGCCCAAUGAAGGCAGGCUGGCGUUUGUGCCCUGCGUGGAAGACGACUGGCGGGGCUGCCGCCACGGGGAACAGGACGCGAAUGCGCUGGCGCUGGCGCGUCGCCUGGCAUUUCUUGAGGGACGCGUAGAGGAGGCGUACAACCUGCUGGAGGCGCGACUGGGGCGCGGGAGCCCCUCCUCCGGGGCGUGGCGGGAGUGGCAGGAGGCCGCCUUGUUGCUGUUUUCACUUUGCGACGACGACGAUGGCGCCGCGCGGUGGGCGGCGACUGGGCUCCUGCCGCUGCCGUCUUCCACGGCGGCUCGCACGGCGGUGGGAAAGAUGGACGACGUCAUGUACCAGCACUGCAUUGUGUGCUGGGUGAAGCUGGCGUCCGCCGCGCUGCUGCGGCGCGAGACGUCGCCGGCGAUGUCGCCGAAGGAGGCAACCGACACGCUGACCUUUGCGCUGCACAACGUGUGCUGCGUGCGUCUCUCGGCGUCGCCACGUUGUCUGCCCACCUGGCGCUUGCUGGAGCGCGUUCUCCGGGCGCUGUUGCUGCUGGGCGCGGGGUCUGCCGAGGAGGCCGCCGUGGCUGUGGUGCGGCGGAUGGCCCAGUACCUCCAUCACUACCUCAUCCGCUACCUGGAGCUGCGGGACCGGCCAAUGGAGGGGCGGUGCGGGGUUUUGGGGUACCGCGGCGUCUUUGACCGCGCGUCGGCGGGCAUGAACGGGGGCGGCGGCGACAUGGACAGGGCUCGGGAAGACGCGGGGGAGCAGAGGCCCGCGGGGGUCUCCGCCCGGGAACUGUGCGCGGCGCUGCUAACGCUCUGCGGCCGCGGUGGCGCACGCGGGGGGGAUGCGCCCUUGAAGGACGACCACCCCAACGAUGCGGCCGCAGAGGGGAGGGGGCGUCAGGGUGAGGAGGACAUCGCAGGCGACGCCGAGGCGGCGGCGUUGGAGGCGUUUUUGGACCGCUACUUUCUCCGCAGUGCCCCAGCGGCGUUUGAACCGCCCCGUAGCUCGGCGGCGUAG